AUGGCCAUCUUCACGGCGCCAACGUCGUUUCGCACCGCUCUCGAACGUCGCUAUCUCGCAGUUGAUGGCGUCCCCCAAACCGUGACGAGUGCCGCAGCGCACGCAAGCCAUCCCAGCUUUCCUCAUCUUCUUACUUUAGUUUUCGAAGCCGUUCUUGAAGUCGUCUGCGUCAGUUUACCGGGAUACAUUGCAGCCCGACAGGGCAUGUUCGAUGCCGAUGCUCAGAAGCUGGUCGCUAAUUUGAAUGUGGCUCUGUUCACACCAUGCCUGGUUUUUACGAAGCUGGCAUCUCAGCUCACAGCUGAGAAAUUCACCGAUCUCGCCAUUAUCCCGGCUAUUUUUGUUGUCAUGACUGCAGUAUCUUACUUUUGCUCAUAUAUUGUCGCCCGACUGUUUCGCUUCAAGAAGCGUCAAGCAAAUUUCGUGACUGCCAUGGGAGUGUUUGGCAACUCAAACUCCUUACCCAUCUCCCUCGUCAUUUCUCUAUCUCAGACGUUGAAAGGCCUUCAUUGGAGUGCUGUUCCAAAUGAUAACGACGAUGAAGUCGCGGCGCGGGGCAUCCUCUAUCUACUUAUAUUUCAACAACUUGGCCAACUGGUUCGCUGGACCUGGGGCUAUCACGUCUUGCUUGCACCCAAGGAGCGGUUCAUUGAGGAAGGCGAUGUCCAUUCUAUCCACCAUGGACAGGAACAUUAUCUGGAUAACCCUCAGCAAACGGACCCGGACGAGCCUUUACUUCGCACGGGAACAAAUGAUAAUGAGCAUGGCAUCGUCCACACGACUUCAAAUUCGGUUACUUUUGAUUCCGGCGCUCAGACUCCAGUCACCGAUCGCAACCUCUCUUACACCAAACUGCCCAGUAACGGCUCUGAUCAAUCGCCGCAGCACCGUGACGUAGUCGACAGUGACGAGGAUGAAGAUUCGGACGAGGACCGCCCACUGCCUGUCAUUGGGCCUCCUCCCAACGGGCCAUUUCUACCGCGACAGAGCUCGACUGGUCAUAUCUUGACAUUUCCAGAUGUUGAAGUGCGCCGCUCUUCCACACCUGUGGCGAAGGGGAUCCAAGGGUUUCUCUAUCGAUGGAGACGAUCUAUCAACAAGUCAUAUGCUCGCAUGGGUAAAUAUGCGGUCACAAAGGGAAAUCAAGCCUUGGAAAAGCUCCCCCCUUCGGUACAGAAGUUCCUGACCGUGACUACAUCCUGGAUAAGCCGGUUUCUGCAUGGGGUUUGGGAAUUUAUGAAUCCUCCUCUAUGGGCUAUGCUUAUUGCAAUUGUGGUUGCAUCGAUUCCUUCUUUGCAGAGCUUGUUUUUCGAUGAAGGCACUUUUGUGCGCAACUCUAUUACCCGUGCCAUCGAUCAGAACGGACAGGUCGCUGUUCCUUUGAUUCUAGUUGUACUCGGUGCCAACCUGGCUAGGAAUACAUUGCCAGAGGAGUCGGUUGAGGAUGAAGAAGAAAACGCCAAAGAGGAGCGUAAUCUCAUCAUCGCAUCGUUGAUUGCUAGAAUGCUUCUGCCGACUUUGAUAAUGGCACCACUGCUAGCGUUGCUAGCCAAAUAUGCUCCCGUUAGCAUACUCGACGAUCCAAUCUUUAUCAUUGUUUGCUUCCUCCUUACCGGUGCGCCAUCUGCUCUUCAGCUGGCCCAAAUCUGCCAAAUCAAUAACGUAUUUAUGGGAGCAAUGUCUAAACUAUUGUUCCAAAGCUAUGUUGUUUGGAUCCUCCCAUCAACCUUGAUUCUUGUCAUGACUGCUCUCGAGGUUGUUGAAUGGGCUACAGCCGCCCAAUGA